AUGCUGCUGCUGCUCCUACUGCUGCUCUCAUCAGGUGACGGCCAGGCUCAGCGCGUGCCAGGCCUGAAGAAGAACGGCUCGUGUGUUUGCGAGGUGAACUCCACCAUGUGGGCGUUCCCUGCUGUGAGCUACGAGGCCGUGCUGCUGCAGGUUCAGUCCUGUGAAGGAUCUCUGACCAGCCUGCAGAAACAGGUGGACUUGUCCAACCAGCGUCUCCCUGAGAUCCAGGCUGUGAUUCUGAACUUGACGGAGCGGCUGAAGCCUCACCAGUACCUGAACAACCAGGGCCUGUACACACACUUGGAUCUGCACCAGCUGGGCCAGGAACUCAGCCAGCUGGAGAAAGACAUCGGUGAUAUCCACAGCCAGUCUAACACCGCCCAAUCCCAGAAACUCUCCAAAGAGGUGGGUAAACUGCGUAGAGAUGUAGACCGGAUGCAAAUGUCAGACACAAUUAACAUGAAGACUGUCAAAGAGAAACUGCGCUACCUGAAGAACAGCGCUGAGUCCUGCAAGUCCAUCCCCAAAGACUUCAGAGGCCGGGACAGGUACUGCCUCAAGGGCCUAAUCUCCAACAUUAGUGCUCCUGUCAUGACUAAGGUCAGUCCCUAUAGUAAGAGCUACAUCUCUGGUUCGUGGGGCAAACAGGCCCAGAUGGACAGCGAGGGGCAGAAGAACAGCUACUGGGUUCAGGCUCUGCUCAAUAACCACAUCUCGGGUAACACGCUGCGCGUCUACCAAACCUACGAAGACUUCAUGGCCUCCGUCAACCACAGGGACUUCACCUUCGCUCCAUCCUUCACUCAUGCCGACACCAUUGAGGGUCCCAGUGCUGUUCUAUACGGCGAAGCGCUGUACUACCACUGCUACCGCUCUGCAGAUGUCUGCCGCUAUGACCUGAACAGCAACAGUGUCAAGCGGGUGACCCUUCCAGGCACCGGCGUGGGUUUCAACAACAAGUUCCCAUAUUGCUACUAUGACUGCCGCGCCAAUAGUGACGUAGACGUGGAGGCAGAUGAGAGAGGACUAUGGGCCCUGUACGCCACUGUCGGUAACCACGGUAAUCUUGUGGUGAGCCGCCUAGCUUGGGACAGCGAGGCGGAGACACUCAAUGUCUCACAGACGUGGGAGACGAGGCUGUUCAAGAAGGCAGUGAGUAACGCUUUCAUGGUGUGCGGCGUGCUGUAUGCCACUCGGUAUGUGGACGACUAUCGUGAGGAGGUGUUCUACGCUUUUGACACAGCAACAGGCAAAGAGGACAACUCACUAGCACUCCCACUGGAGAAGGUAGCUAAAGGAGUGGCCAGCGUGAGCUAUAACCCCACCAACAGGCAGAUCUACAUGUAUAACGAUGGCUAUCUACUGGCUUACCAGGCCCACUUCUGAUCUCAAGCACUUGUAAUUGCCAAUUAAAACAUGUCACAUAAAUGUCAAACUAUUUAUCCUAUCAGCAGUCAGGUACUCCAUAUUGUACAGGUUUGUAGGGCAUAUCACAUACUGUAUGUUGUACCCAAUGUUUGUAAUGUAACACAGAAUUUUAUAAAGCUAGAAAAUCAAUAACAAAUAAAAUAAUAAAAACUGUAAUAAUUAAUAAUAAAAUAAUUGACAU